AUGACUCCUAAGACACCAUGCAGAAUACUCAAUGAAGUAAAGAAGAACCCACGAGUAACAGCUAAAGGCUUGAAGACAUCAUUGGAACGGGCACACAGCUCUGUUCCUGAGUGUACCAUACGCAAGUCUUUGGACAGCUGGCUAAUUUUGUACUGCAAAUCUUUUAUUGUAGGUGUCAUUGGAAAUGGACUUGUCAUCUUUGUGACCGGCUACAAAAUGAAGACGACAGUCAACUCCAUUUGGUUUCUUAACUUGGCGAUUGCAGACCUAAUUUUUGUUUUGUUCUUGAUUUGUAAGAUUGUCGUGUACUUUCAGAAGUUUAUUUGGCCGUUCGGUGACUUAAUGUGUAAAUGUUUUUCUUUUAUGGUUACUCAAAAUUUUCUUGCAAGUGUUUUCUUUCUGACAGUCAUCAGUGUGGAUCGAUGUCUGUGCACAUGGUUUAUUGUUUGGGUUCAGAACAAACGAACUUUAGUCAAAGCCAGAAUCAUCUGUAUAUCUGUGUGGAUUUUAUCCAUCUGCUGCAGCAUCCCUUUUGCCAUCAAUCCCGUGGUAAAGGAACAUUAUGGAUUGAAACUCUGUGUCUACAACCAGUCAAGUGAUGUAUUACUGUCUCUGUUCACAUACAGGUUUAUGGGUGGCUUUCUAAUUCCCUUCUUGAUCAUUGUAUCUUCAUACAUAGCUAUAUGUGUUCGGGUGAAACGUCUCAAUAGAGGAAAGCAGCUUCGGCCUUACUUGGUCAUCAUAUCUGUGAUUCUGUCUUUUUUCAUAUGCUGCUUUCCUUUCCAUGUUCAACAACUGUUUCACAUACAUGCAGUGAAGUAUAACUGGAGUUACAGUGCUCAUAAAGUAAUUUAUUCUGCAGCACCUUUUGUAAGCUGUCUGAUUUAUCUAAGCAGUUGUCUGAACCCCAUUCUCUAUGUGUUCAUGUGUGAUGAGUAUAAGAAGAAACUUAAAAAGUCUCUCCUGCUGGUGUUUGAGGGGGCUUUUACUGAAGAGCAUCUGGGUUUGAGGUCAACUCCACUUCCUCACAACUGUCAAUUUCAACAGAUGUACAGCCAGAAGACCCAACAAUCUGAUCCUUUGCCAGCCAUGGAAACUGAACAAGCCAACAAGCUUUAGCUUCAGCCUUUAGAUGAUUGGAAAUAUACAUCUUGCAAUUUGGAGAUAAAGAUUUCUUAAAUGCUCCUCUUGUUUACUAUGUGCUCAGACAAAUAGAAAGUCCCUCUCCAAACUCUUGCCAACAGCUCAAGAAGAGGAAGUCAAGAAUAAAUGUACAAAUCUCUUACUUAGAUUAGUUCUGUAAUUGUGACUCCUGCAUUAAAUGUUUUCUCAUUUGUUGUUAUACUGUACGCAAUCAUUAUGUUGUAAUGCUUUU